CUCCCGUCUCUUGAACGUAGUGUUUGUAUUCUCUUUGUUUUUUGCCUGCGAUCUUUGAAAAAUACUGAAGCGUGCGAGUAAUAAAAACAUUUUGUAAAUAAAUACUAAUUAUCGGAUAGCGCUUUAGGUUUUAACAAAUCAGGGUAUCAUGACGGGAUAUGAGGUCCGAAAUACAAAUGGAAAAAAGGGAAAAGGUUUGUUUGCAAUAAAACAGUUUAACAAAGGUGAUGUUAUUUUAGAGGAAGAUCCCUUGGUAUCAUGUCAAUUUGCAUGGAAUGCUGCGUACCGGUAUAUGGCGUGUGAUUAUUGUAUGCGACCUUUAGAAACUCCUGAGCAGAAUGUGAGAAGACUUGCAGCCAAACCAGAUAUAGUGCUUCCCCAUGCCGGCAACUUUGAGGCUGACCUAAUGAAUGUAAAUAGUUGUGGCCAAUGUGAAAGUCUCUAUUGUUGUGAGGAUUGUAAGCAGCGAGCCUACAACAGUUACCACAGAUUAUUGUGUUACGACCAAGCAGAUGCUAGGCAUCCUAUACAUAUUCUUUUAGAGGCCUGGAAACAAAUGCAUUAUCCUCCAGAGACAACGAAUAUACUGCUUUUAGUUCGAAUUCUUGCCUUUAUCAAACAACACCCAGACCCAGCAUCAGCAGCAGGUGCUAUCAAACAAUUUUGCCACAGAACAGUGAAUGAGGAUGCAGAGUUAGUGCACAAGAUGCUUGGUGAACAGUUUACGGAUCAGAUGAAGACAUUGAGAGAACUGACAGCAAGUGUUAUAUCUGGAGAUGUUGUAGAAGAUUUCCUAACUCCUGAAGGUUUCUGUACCAUGAUGGCACUGAUUGGCACUAAUGGUCAAGGAAUUGGCACAAGUCCAUUAGCCCAGUGGGUCAGCUAUGUGACCGAGUUGCCAAUGUCAGAUGUUGAGCAACAGCAAAUGGAUUUACUCAUUGAUAAGAUUUACAAGGAUGUGGAGAAUGAAUCUGGGCAGUUUCUGAACACAGAAGGUUCUGGACUUUUUGUGUUACAAAGUGCGUGUAACCAUAGCUGUGCACCAAAUGCAGAAUCCACUUUUCCAUAUGGUAACCAUAGGGUUCAAUUGAAAGCCUUGAAGACCAUCAUGCCCGGAGAUGAGAUUUUCAUCAGCUAUUUGGACGAAUGUACACUUCAACGGUCUAGGCAUUCAAGGCAAAAGGAGUUGGCAGAGAAUUAUCUAUUUAUGUGCUGGUGUGAACGGUGCACUUCAGAAACUACCCAGCCGGAUGUGACCAGCGAAGAAGAGAUGAGUGAUGAAGAUUGUGAUUGUGACUGAUGUUCCAACAUCCUGUCCUUCUGUUUGCUGGGCCUCUGAACUUUACUGUGCUUUGAAUGUAAAUAUAUUCUAAUUGAAUAGCGAAAAUAACUCUUUGUCUCUCAUGUUGAAUUUUGGCACCUAUAUUACUGUAGGAAAAAUUAAUUGGAUAAUUAUGUUUCACUUCACUUUGCUAUGUAGGAUUUAAUUGCGUGUAGCUUAUUAUGACAUUGUCUGUUUUGUUUUAAAUAAUUAUUCUAUGAGCGGGUCGCAUUAUCGUCACAUGGGAGCUUUGAAUUUAAUAAAUAAAUCAUAUAUACCUCUUAGGUUUUUAAGAGAAUCUGUUUCUAGAAUUGCACCAUUGCUUGUGAACAACCGUAUUAAACAUUAAACUAUUACUUGAUGAAUUCACAGUGGACGAACUCGCUCCUGAAAAAGCUAUCGCUCAUAGCCUUUUAAUGUAAAUGUUUUGCGUAAAUAGUUCGCAACCAGAAGAACGUGGUAGCAAGAGACAAAAGAGUAUAUGCAUUCUCUUCCCAUAGACACACAUUGUAGAAGUAAGAGUAUGUCACGACAAAUAUUUAAAAUAAGUUUAAAUUUACUUAUUAAUUUAUUGUAGCGGUCAAUUAUGGUGUUGUAAAGUUCUAUUUAGAAGCUUAGAAGUUUACAUGAUGUUUAGCAAGUGUUUGUUAUGUUAUUGUCACUCCCUAUGGUAAAUAGAUAUGCCUAUGCCUUCUACCAUAUAUAGAUUAUAACUAUUUUCAGAUAUUUUUAUAAUAAAAAUAAUUGAUUAAUAUGUACUUAGUAGAGAUUACACAAUGUCAUCCUAUUGAGCAUUUUGCUGAUCAUAUACAGUUCACAUAAUUGAGAAUACUUAUUUAAAGGGAAGGGCAAUAAUCCACUGAUCCAACAGUACAAGUUAAUUUUUUAUUAGAAUCAAUACAAAAUAGUUUAAUUUAGUGCAUCUAGAUGUUUGUAAUACUAGUUUACGGCUUUGAGAUAAAGUUUGUACUAAUUAAUUAAUGUAUGUCAUACUAAUUAAUUCUCAAAAAAUAUAAAGUGUAAUGUGUGUAUAAAUAGUCUAUAGCUUAAGGAAAUGUGAAUUAAAAAUAUAAAUAUUUAUCUUAA